AUGCCAAUUCCUCUUCAUGUAUCAAGUUCCAUUCUACUGUUGUUGUUUUCUUCUUCUCUACAAUUAGUUAUAGCCGAUUCAAGCCUUACCUUCGUAUACCACUUCUACAUAGAAGAAAGGGGUACUUACACCUCAAACAGCAUAUUUGCAGACAACCUCAAUCAGGUCCUCUCCAAUCUAACAUCAGAAGCUCAACUCUCUGGCUUCAACAAAACAAGCAUAGGCUUCAUCACAGACCAAGUAAAUGGUCUCUACAUGUGCCGAGGCGACGUCGCCGCCGAUACUUGCCAGUUUUGCAUUAUUACAGCAUCUAUGAAGAUCCAAGCCUUAUGCCCCAACCAGAAGGAGGUUGUUAUAUGGUACAAUCUAUGUAUGUUGAGAUAUUCUGAUAGGUCUUUCUUCUCCACUGCAGAAACAUAUCCAUCGGCUCAUUGGUAUAGUAACCAAAAUGUUUCAAAUAUGGUUCAGUUUGAUCAACUUGUGAAAAGUAGCUUGGAAAGCUUAGCUAAUAAGACUGCUUUUGAUCCUCUCACCAAAAUGUAUGUGAGUAAUGAAACCAACUCUGGGUCUUUUGAUUUAUACUCUCUUCUACAGUGCACCCAAGAUUUAUCACCUAGUGGUUGCUACCUGUGCUUGAAAAAUGCCAUCUCUGGAAUUCAAAUUAAUGGAGGAACAGGCCGAACGUGGGUUAUGGAGGUACUGCCUAGCUGUAUUCUGCAGUACAGUGUGGCUCUUUUUUAUAACACGGCGCCGCCGCCUCCACCUCCUCAGCCCAUAUCGGUGGUGCUAUCUCCCCCACCUCUUCAGUCCCCCUCUCCUGUUCACUCCCCCGUUCGAGCUCUUCCAUCUCCUAGUUCCACUGCUCCAGCUACAAAUAGCACCAACCAUGCUGCCGCGUUGUUUCUUGCGGUGGGGCUGUUAUUCUAUUGUCUAAGACGGAAGCGAAAAGAUGGUUUGAAGCCAAAUGAUGUUUCAAGGAAUGCUCCUACCAAGAAAAAUGCUUCAAAGGAUGAGGGUAAUGUCAAAUAA